CGAAAGCCUGCCACUCUGUUGGUGUAGGGAGUGACAACUGCAUUCUCCUGUGCCUACUGCAUAACCAAAAAUGAAGGAGAACUACUGUUUACAAGCUGCCCUGGUAUGCCUGAGCAUGCUAUACCACAGUCAGGCAUUUGCCCUGGAGCGACGAAACCACCUGCGGCCCUCAUUCCAUGGACACCAUGAAAAGGGCAAGGAGGGACAGGUGCUGCAGCGCUCCAAGAGAGGCUGGGUCUGGAACCAGUUCUUUGUGAUAGAAGAAUACACUGGGCCUGACCCUGUGCUUGUGGGCAGGCUUCAUUCUGAUAUUGACUCUGGUGAUGGGAACAUUAAAUACAUUCUCUCAGGUGAAGGAGCCGGAACCAUUUUUGUGAUUGAUGACAAAUCAGGGAACAUUCAUGCCACCAAGACACUGGACCGAGAAGAGAGAGCCCAGUACACUCUGAUGGCUCAGGCAGUGGACAGGGACACCAACAGGCCACUGGAACCACCAUCAGAAUUCAUUGUCAAGGUCCAGGACAUUAAUGACAACCCUCCGGAGUUUCUGCAUGAAACCUAUCACGCCAAUGUGCCUGAGAGGUCCAAUGUGGGAACUUCAGUAAUCCAAGUGACAGCCUCCGAUGCAGACGACCCCACUUAUGGAAAUAGUGCCAAGUUAGUGUAUAGUAUUCUUGAAGGACAACCCUACUUCUCAGUGGAGGCCCAGACAGGUAUCAUCAGAACAGCCCUUCCCAAUAUGGACAGAGAAGCCAAGGAGGAGUACCAUGUGGUGAUCCAGGCCAAGGACAUGGGUGGGCAUAUGGGAGGACUCUCAGGGACAACCAAAGUGACAAUCACACUGACUGAUGUCAAUGACAACCCACCAAAGUUUCCACAGAGCGUGUACCAGAUGUCUGUUUCAGAAGCAGCUGUCCCGGGGGAGGAAGUAGGAAGAGUGAAGGCUAAAGACCCAGACAUUGGAGAAAAUGGCUUAGUCACGUACAAUAUCGUUGAUGGAGAUGGCAUAGAACUGUUUGAAAUCACAACAGACUAUGAAACACAGGAAGGUGUGGUGAAGUUGAAAAAGCCUGUAGAUUUUGAAACCAAAAGAGCAUAUAGCUUGAAGGUAGAGGCCACCAAUGUACACAUUGAUCCGAAGUUCAUCAGUAAUGGACCUUUCAAGGACACUGUGACAGUCAAGAUUGCAGUAGAAGAUGCUGAUGAGCCCCCCAUGUUCUUGGCCCCAAGUUAUAUCCAUGAAGUCCAAGAAAAUGCAGCUGCUGGCACUGUGGUUGGGAGAGUACAUGCCAAAGACCCGGAUGCUGCCAACAGCCCAAUAAGGUAUUCAAUUGAUCGUCAUACUGACCUCGACAGGUUUUUCACAAUUAAUCCAGAGGAUGGUUUUAUUAAAACCACGAAACCUCUAGAUAGAGAGGAAACUGCCUGGCUCAACAUCUCUGUCUUUGCAGCAGAAAUCCACAACAGACAUCAGGAAGCCAAAGUCCCAGUGGCCAUCAGAAUCCUUGAUGUCAAUGACAAUGCUCCUAAGUUUGCUGCCCCUUAUGAAGGCUUUAUCUGUGAGAGUGAUCAGACCAAGCCACUCUCCAACCAGCCAAUAGUUACAGUAAGUGCAGAUGACCAGGAUGACACAGCCAAUGGACCACGAUUUAUCUUCAGUCUACCCCCUGAAAUCAUUCACAACCCAAAUUUCACAGUCAGAGACAACAGAGAUAACACUGCAGGGAUAUACGCCCGGCGCGGAGGUUUCAGUCGACAGAAGCAGGACUUUUACCUCCUGCCCAUUGUGAUCAGCGAUGGUGGCAUCCCACCCAUGAGUAGCACCAAUACCCUCACUAUCAAAGUCUGUGGGUGUGAUGUGAAUGGGGCACUGCUCUCCUGUAAUGCUGAGGCCUACAUCCUGAAUGCUGGCCUGAGCACUGGGGCACUUAUCGCCAUCCUUGCCUGCAUUGUCAUUCUCUUGGUCAUUGUUGUAUUGUUUGUGACUCUGAGGAGGCAAAAGAAAGAACCACUCAUUGUGUUUGAAGAAGAGGAUGUCCGUGAGAACAUCAUAACCUAUGAUGAUGAAGGGGGUGGUGAAGAAGACACAGAAGCCUUUGACAUCGCUACCCUCCAGAAUCCUGAUGGUAUCAAUGGAUUUAUCCCUCGAAAAGACAUCAAACCUGAAUAUCAAUACAUGCCUAGACCUGGGCUUCGACCAGCACCCAACAGUGUGGAUGUAGAUGACUUCAUCAACACAAGAAUACAGGAAGCAGAUAAUGACCCCACGGCCCCUCCCUAUGACUCCAUCCAAAUCUAUGGUUAUGAGGGCAGGGGUUCUGUGGCAGGGUCCCUGAGCUCCUUAGAGUCUGCCACUACAGAUUCAGACCUGGACUACGACUAUCUCCAGAACUGGGGACCUCGCUUUAAGAAACUAGCAGACUUGUAUGGCUCCAAAGACACUUUUGAUGAUGACUCUUAACAAUAAUGAUACAAAUUUGGCCUUAAGAACUGUGUCUGGCAUUCUCAAGAAUCUAGAAGAUGUGUAAACAGGUAUUUUUUUAAAACAAGGAAAGGCUCAUUUAAAACAAGCAGAGUUUUACAGAGAGGAAACAUUUAAUAUAACUGCAAGGACAUCAAAGUGGUAAAUACUGUGAAGUACCUUUUCCCACUAAAAAGCAAAUAUGGAAGUUGUAUACCAACUUCAUUAGAGAAAAACCACUUGGCACACAAAAUAUUUAAAUGAAGGAAAAGUCUACAGUGAACUUACAAUGAAGGGAAAUCAUCUAUAUGUU